AUGGAUGGUCAUUUCAAACUUACGGCAAUUCAGAAGGCAAGAAUGGCCGCCACCAAUAAACCACUGUUUCUGCUCUUCUUCAUCACCUUACUCCUUUCAGCUCAACUCCUACAAGGAAUAGAAACAGAAGGACGGGUGUCUCAAUCCUCUGAUCAAACCCAGAAACAACAACAAAGUUUGGAGGGAAAGAAAGAGCGUUGGAUCAGGAAGAGGAAUAAUAUGAGUAGGAGGAUGAUGAUUGGAUCCACAGCACCAACUUGUACUUACAAUGAAUGCAGAGGAUGUAAACACAAGUGCGUAGCCGAGCAAGUCCCUGUGGAAGGCAAUGAUCCUCUCAAUAGCCCAUACCAUUACAGAUGUAUCUGUCAUAGAUAGACCACCACCAUC